CCACGAGGGUGAUUUGGGAGCUUGGGUUGUCCGGUUUUCUAACCUAACAUGCUACCUUGCUUGGUUGGUAAUAUCGAAUCUAAUUGCCUAAUCCUGAAUGGUCUUUCUGUCAGGGCUGAGAUUCAUAGGUUUGGGUUUAAUUAACUAGUUGUUUCCUUCCAGUGGAGUUGCUAGCUUUUUGUUCAACGUCCAUGUUUUCCACCAGGAGCUCCAAGCAAUCAAAUUAAAUGUUGGACAUGUGCUUAAUUCCCAAUGUCCCAAUUGUUCCAGUUCCCUACCAAAAAUCAACUGUUGGUCGCAAGAACUGCCGGUUCUUGAACUUUCAGUCCAUUUCCUCGCAGCCCCCGUGGCUCAAGAACGAAGCGCCCCACGCGGCCGCGUGGCCGCGGGGGCUUGGGGGUGGCGUUCGCUGAAGGCGGAAGUCAUGACCGAAGAGGAUCCACUCCUUUUGGCCAAGUCACGAGACCCAGAUCGGGAUCGAGGUCGAGGGCGAUGCUGACCUCGGAAAGUAAAGUGGAGGAGGCUUUUCGGAUCUCUAUGAUGCCGUGGCUCACCUUCACGGGUGUCACAUGGCUUUUCUUGUAUUGCUAUGCGCACUUGCCGAGCUUCGUAGUGAUCUCGUUGAGCACCUGGGCCACGAUGUGCCUUUGUACACUCCUUGCCAUGUACCUUCGCCCCAAGGCACCUGCCGCACAGGGCAAGCAUGGCCUGGUGGUGGUCCUAAGCCUUUUCUCUUUGUGCCUGGGCACUGUCUUUGGCUACUGGAACUACAGCCGUGCUGGUGGAGUGGGUGACUACUGGGCUAUAGGCUCCCACGAGAUCUACGAGGGCGUGUCCCCCAGCGAGCCGGCGGACGCGCGGCGCGACGCCGCGGCGCUGGCGUUCACGAAGUACAGCAGGCCAGAUGCGCGUUUGAGCACCUCUUACGCCGCAUUCGGUCAGCUCGGCCCUGAGAGAGCAUCAACAGGCAUUGGUUUAGAAGGCAUUGAUUUUGGGCGGAUGCUGCGGAUGCUGAUUGUCCUGUUGGUGAGUUGGAGGAUGUUGAGGGGCAAGUUUCAAAUAUGUGAGAAGCAAGUGAUGUCCUUCAACCACAGCAGCUUGAAAUGCCAAGAGUCCUCCCUGCCCAAAGAGGGUCGGUGCCUUCCGUGUCGCUCAGAAACCCACUGGCCGGAUGGCGCGCCCAAGCGUUUCCGUGGCAAGGACGCCUGGAAGAGUUGGAUCAAUUGGGAGUCGCCCUUCAACGGCAGCUCCGACCAACUGAAUCGAGAACGGAAGUUCUUCUGGGAGGUGGACGACAAGGGCGCUCUUUGGCGUUUGGAACUCCACGAGCCUGGGCGCUGGGGCGAGAUGCGGCAUCCUAAGGUGGACCAGCUUGGUUCGGUGCCCAGUGGUUGCCCAGAGGAGCAGUGGGUCGAGUCCCGCCAAUGCCUGGUGGAUGUGCGAUGA